CAGAACCGCGGCAUCACUUUGGACUUUGGUAGACGGGUGAAUGGAGAACUGGACGGUUGGUACGUACUGAUAUUCAAGUUAUAUAAGGCGAUGCUGCUCCUUGACUCUUUUUUUUGAUCCUCCAUCGAUGGUUCUCAUCCACGUUCAUUAAGCAACAAAUUGAGUUCCUGAACAAAGUCGCCAAGAUGGUUUUUUGGACUGCAUCAAAAGAUACUUUCGAGGUUGGCGGACGAGAGUUUCCACGGAUAACAUGGUACAAGGAACCUGGAAUGCGCGGAGUGUACAUUGCACUUAUGUUUGCAGUCUUGACAUCUGCGACUAAUGGGUACGACGGAUCUAUGAUGAACGGUCUGCAGACGUUAGAUGAAUGGCAAGAGUGUGAGCGAAAGUUCUUCAAAAUUCCCUGAUAAGCGAGCUAAUGAGGUUUCAUAGCCUUUCAUGACCCUGGUUCUGCUGCUCGAGGUCUUCUUAAUGCUAUUAUGUCUGUUGGGUCAAUUGUCGCUCUUCCAAUCACUCCUUAUAUCGCCGAUGGCUUGGGCAGAAGAGCUGGUGUAAUGACGGGUUGCAUUAUUAUGAUUAUUGGUGUGGUUCUUCAAUCGGUUGGUGUCAACCUUGAUAUGUUUAUCGCCGCGAGAUUUCUCAUCGGAUUCGGAGUUUCAAUUGCACACGGUGCCGCGCCUCUACUCAUCACAGAGCUUACUCACCCUCAACAUCGAGCUAUCUUCACAACUAUCUAUAACAGUACUUGGUAUUUCGGCAGUAUUGUAGCAGCUUGGCUCACAUACGGGACGCAAAGUAUUCCAUCCGCUUGGGCAUGGAGAGUUCCAUCAAUGGUUCAAGCAGCCCCCUCUGUCAUCCAACUUGUCGCUAUCUGGUAAGAACUCCCAACUUUUUGAUAUUAGUGUCUGCCAUUGGCUAAAAAAAUGUAGGAUUGUUCCAGAAUCACCUCGUUAUUUGAUUGCCAAAGGCCAGGGCGAAAAAGCUUUGAAAAUUUUGGCGAAAACUCACGCAAGAGGAAACGUCGACGACGAGUUGGUCCAGAUUGAAUUUCAGGAAAUUUCAGACACUCUCAAACUCGAGCAAGAAUUCGAAUCUAACGGAUGGACUGAGCUCUUCAAAACCAAGGGUAACCGCCGUCGUGCACUCAUCCUCAUCUCGUUAGGGUUUUUCUCCCAGUGGUCUGGUAACGGUCUCGUCUCAUACUACAUUGGAGAUGUUCUGAAGGGUGCGGGUGUCACUUCUCAGAAGCUUCAACUGGAAAUCAAUGGCAUUCUCAAUAUUAUCAACUUCAUCGUUGCUCUCACGGCUUGUUUCUUCAUCGAUAAACUUGGACGUCGCCCUCUCUUCUUGUUCUCUACAGGCGGCAUGCUUGUCGCUUUCUGUGCCUGGACCAUCUGCGCAGCUCAGUUUGUCAGAACAUCAGUCAAGGCUGCUAGUUAUGCGGAGAUAUUCUUUAUAUUCUUGUAUUAUGUCUUCUAUAACUCAGCGUGGUCGGGGCUCUUGGUUGGGUAUGGUGUUGAAAUAUUGCCAUACAAGAUUCGUGCCAAGGUGUGUAUUUUCUCCCUCUUUUCAAGGUAUCUUUUGGCUCAGAAAAGUACUAACAAGAAUUGUAGGGUAUUACUCUUUUGUUCUUCGCCGUGGAUCUUGCACUUUUCUUCAACUCAUAUGUCAACCCCGUUGCUCUCGAUGCCCUCGGCUGGAAAUACUACAUCGUCUACGACGUCUGGCUCGCAUUUGAGCUUGGUGUCGUCUACUUCUUCUUCGUUGAGACCCAAAAUACCCCACUUGAGGAAAUUGUCAAGUACUUUGAUGGUGAAGAUGCUCUCUUGGGUGGUACCCUUGCAACAGAGAGAGCGAAACAACUGCUGGUUGAGGAAGGAAAUAAUGAAAAACAUGGUGCGAUACACCUGGAGCAGCGUGAAUUAUCGAGUCAAGAAGGCGAUACUCCUAAAAAUGGGAAGGCUGCUUGAGAGGCCGUCAUGCAAAAGGUUUUCUGUGGCAUUUUUCGGGGGUAUUCUGAAAGUCGUGGGCUCGCAAAUACCUACUGGCUAGACUUUCUAGAUUUUAGACAUGGUACUUAGCCUGAAAGUAAUUUGACAAUACAAGAGAGAAAGAAU